CAACCAACUGUCAGCCGUGGAUGGCAGGUAGAAAAAUGCAUGCGGCAGCAAUUCUUCGCACAAGAGAACGGCGGCCGGUGUUCAAGAUCGCCAUGUUUGUAUUAGCCAACAUAAACCUCAAUACACGUGUGCGUUGGUUCCAAGCUUAAGUGCGAAUAAAAUAGUGUAUCGUUUCAAUUCUUAACCAAAUAUAGCUCUUAUCGUAAGUAACAAGUCCGUGUGCGGUGCCGCAUUUGCAAAGCCAACAUGAUUGCCGGUCGUCCACUGCUGUUUCUAUCACUGCCGAGUCUGGCGCUGAUUGUGGGCCUCGUUUGGUACCGUCGCAAAUUCAAGCCGGACGCAGGUGAUCGUGGUGGAGAAAAAAGCAAAGAAUGUGAAAGUGCGAUCAUGUCGCGCGGUGUCGGCAGCACGGCGGACCAAGAGCCGGACAUGCGGCAGAGCUCUUCGCUGCCGAUACAGCAGUCGUCGGGCGGUGGUAGCGAUGGCGCGGAAAACUGGGAAAACUGUUCGGGUUCGGGCCACUCGUCGGCCGGUUCGUCGCGUUCGGCCCCGAUAGACAUCGUGCCGAACAAGAGCCCCUCCAAGGGCGAUGACGCGAUCGAACUGUUGGGCCGUUCGCACCUGCUCGAGCAGGAUGAUGAGGAGUUUAGCUUCAGCCCCUCGAUCGAUCUGCCCGGCUCGGUGGUUUCGCGCUAUCCGAGCAACCUGCGAAAAUUCAACCAAAUGAUGAUGGAACCGACCAAGGAACCGGUCGUGAUACGCCCGACCAAGGCGGCAUCACUACAGAGCGGCUACUUUCGCGUGCCGGAUGCGAAUGGUAAUGCGCACGUUGAAUCGUCCCCACCACAAAAGCAAUCACCGGCAGGUGCAACAACAACACACUGCAGCGAUAAUGAUCGGGUAAACGGUAACAACAGCCUAGUGCUGGCCACAUCUCAUACCGAUACAACCAAUGACAAUGGUGGUACCUUUGACCGGAAGGCGGAAACUUUCGAUGAGCGCAAUGGACAAACCGGAAGUCCACCGCUUAGCAUUUGCAGCGUGCGUUCCGAGGAUUCGGGCAAGGGUUCGAGCCCACCGCACUCGGUCGGACAGUCCGCGGCGAUGUACGAGUUCCUGGUGCCCGCCUUCCUCGUGGCCGGCAUGCUCGGCAAGGACGGUACGUUCGUGAAGCACAUCAAGAAGAUGACCGGCGCGAACGUGAUCAUCAAGCGCAAUCCGGACACACACAAAAGCAAAGUUUGUACCCUGGACGGUUCGCCGCAGGAAAUUCAGGACGCACUGAAAGUGAUUCGCGAGAAGUUUCCGCUAAAGCGGUUUCCAACGCUUACCCUGCAGCGCAUUGAAAUUAGCCGCGUCGAAACGGUCAUCCCGCUGUCGUUGAUGAAUGAGACGUGUUCAAGCCUGCCGCUGGUCGAGGGUAUCAAUAAUGACGUCGCAAUAAGCUGCAUCAUCACUGUAGGCCAUCUGUUCGUGCACCAGCCACUCCAUCCAACCCACCUGACGCUUAACAGUAUGCAGAACUCGCUUAAUCAAAGCUACACGCAGAACGAGGCUCCCGCACUGCCAGAGAUCGUACCGAAUGCGGUCUGCGUGGCGUUCGUCGCCGACAACUGGUACCGGGCGCAGGUCGUGCAGCACAUGCCGGAAACCAAUUUGGUUUUAGUGAAAUACCUGGACUACGGUGGCUUCUCGAUGCUGCCACCACAGAACCUACGUCAAAUCCGAACAGAUUUCAUCUCCGUACCGUUUCAAUCGUUAGAGUGUGUGCUGUCCAACAUUGAACCGAUCGAUGAAAGCUGGUCAGCAGAAGCUACUGAACUGUUCCGUAGGUUAACAAACAACGCUAUUAUGCAAGCACAAGUAGCGGGAUAUACUGAUGAGGGUAUCCCUGAAAUCUACCUAUUUUCUUCAAUAGCAAAAGAUAAUGUAAUUUUCAUUAAUCAAGAAAUGGUUGCUCGCGGCUUCGCCAGAUGGAUUGACUGAAUUGUGUGAAUGCAAAGUAGGUGAACAAAUUAAUAACAAAUUUAAAAAUGCAUAUUAUAAGGAAACACAGUGAGAUUGAAGAUAGGAGGAAGCGUGCUACGAAGGAUAUUUGAGUGAAAGGAACAAGCGGUGGCUCGCGUCACACGCACACACGCGGCAGUGGUGGUCAGCUGAUUGUUUCGGUGCGGUGCCAAGGACUUCGGGUGGACAGAUGGAGACAAGGAAGGAAGAAAACAGAUGCGGCGCGCAAGGACACGUGACACACGGUGGUAUGGCUUGGUUUUAAAAAGCCAUUUCCUCGCCCACAACAUUUACCACACUUAAUACAGCUUCAGUUCGUCUUCCGGUAAUGUCCCCAGCAUCAGUAUCCAUUUUUGGGUAAUGUGGCAAAACGGUUUUGACGAGAAUCGAAACACAAACACACAUACUGCUCUCGUGCGCAUUUAUCAAUAGAAAAACACAACAGGCUCUCCAUUUCACGUCCCCAACGAGUCAGCCAGAAUCAGCCAGCCAAGCCUGCCUGCACGGACACUUUUCUCACCUAGCUGCUCUAGCGUCGAUCAACGCCCACGGCACGGAACGCCUCCUGUUCUUCAUGUUCAUUACUACAUCCUUCCUCGUUACUGUUACAAUUAUGAAAUGAAGAAAAUUUUGUGAAUAAUACGUUUAAAAACAUAGGAAUGCGAAACCCCGUCGUUCAAGUUUUUUUUUUCUUCUUCACGUGUCUUAGACUAUUGUCGGCUAAGGCAGUUUAUUAUUUUAGUUAUUUUGUAUAAGGGUAUUUAUGAAAUAAAUUCAAACAAAAUUAAUUGAUCUUAA